GGACAUUCACAUCGAGGCUGUCCGCGUCCCUGCCACUUCCUGGUUUACCGCAGGUGACCGACGAUCCCGAACAACUGACAGCCCCUGCCUCCGACCCUGACGCUCCUGGAGCCAGUCCGGUCAGUGAGCCUCCGACAGCAACAGGUCCCCGCACCAGGACGAGCUGGGAUUUCCUCUGCCCGCCAUGGGCGAUGAGCCAAAGCCGUGUGCGCCUUUCCGGAAAGGGGAAGAGGCUGCGAACGUCCCUCCAGACUCUGUCGCAUCCGUGCCGCCUGUUCCAGCGGUGGAGGAGGAGGCGGCCGCUGACCCAGGGUCCCCCGGGGCCACCACCCCCGCACCGGCUACUGACUUCUCACAUCUGUACCCGCCACUCCCGCGCGGGGAGUUUUCCCCCACCGUUGUCCCCCCGUCCGUCAGCCACGGCGCCCGCGACGAGUUUUUCGCCUUACGGCCAGGGACAUUGCAAACAGCGAUCAGCGAGACUGAGAAAAAACUGACGGACGAAGACGGAAAAGUGGAGAGCGCCUGGCUUCUGGUGGAAGUGGACCACUGGAACCGGGAGAUCGAGCGACUGGUGCUGCUGACGCCUCAGGUCUUGCUAGUGUGUCACUACGACUUUGUGGGCCUGUACUGUCACCUGAUGCUCCGGAUUCCCCUUCACUACAUCGACAGCAUCACGGUUGGGCCAUUCCAGUUCCCGGCAAAGUCCUUCAGCAGGCGUUCCGGUCUCGGCUUGCGGAUCCAAUGGGACAAACUGCGGGAGCCCUCCUUCCGUUCCCGGUGGAAUCCAUGGUCGCGGGAUCUGCCGUUCCUCAUUCUAACAGAACAUCCCGGGGCAGAGAGGAAGCACGAGCUGUCCUCCUUCUGCGAGAUGCAGCGCUUCCGCACCGAGCUGACGAGCCUGGCGCUGACUGCGCACCAGAAUCGGCCCCUCCCCGGCCGUGCCAAUGGCCCCCUUCUGCUGGAGAAACCGAUCCAGAUGGAGACCUUUCUCGGCCUGGUAUCUGCCUUAAGCAACUGGUCACAGCUGGGUUACUCCAAACCCCGUGGGCUCUUUGGCUUCUAGGAGUCACGGCAGCCCGCUGUCAGCACCAAAGUACAGCCGGUGGGCUCCUUAUUAACUCAUAAAGUGGACACCGAGUGUGUGUUCAUGGUCUUCUGCUGCCACAGCGCAUCCACUUCGAGGUUAGGUGUGUUGUGUGUUUAGAGAUGCUCUUCAGCAUAACAUCGUUGUAGUCAGUGUUUAUCUGAGUAACUGUUGGCUUCCUGUCAGCCUGAACCAGUCUGGCCACUCUCCUCUGACCUGUUUCAUUAACAAGGCAGUUUUGCCCGUAGAACACCUGCGCUCUGGACGUGUUGGUUUGUUUGUUUUCCGCACCAUUCUCUGUAACCUUUGGAGACAGGGGAUCAGAUUUUCCUUGUACUGUAUUUUGUAUACCUGUAUUGUAUUUCUGCAUCCAUUAAUAAAUAAAAUGA